UAAUUUGCACAUGCGGAGGACUCCGGUUAUGAAUGGGUGCAUUCCCCCGAAGUCCCGCCUCUUCCGCUCCCGCACGCGGACCAAUCAGCGGCGCCGAUGCGCAUCGGUGGGACGUCACGUCAGCUGCCGUCGUGUCGGGAUUGGAAUGUUACCGACUAACAAUCGGAACAACUGAGCAGUCGGUAAUUGGACACUCGGAUCAAGGAAUCCCGUCUUUCUGAACAUUUUCUCAGCUACGUACCGGGCGGCGAGGUGAGCUGCUCGUCCGCCUCGUGUCGACCGGAGAACUUCGCCCGCUGCGGGGCUCCCGCCGACCGGGCUGUGAUUCUAUAUCGGCGCGUACGAGAGAGAGAGAGGGGGAAUGAAGGGAGGUUGUGAUAAAUAAGAAGAGAAAUGCAGGGAUUCGUCAGGUUACAGUUGCACCGCUGAGCCCGAGCUGCUCCUGCGCUACGACGCUUCCCCGGGCUGCUUCUUUUUAUUUUUAAUUUUUUUUAUUUUCUCCGGCUUCUGCUCACACGGGACCAUGGAGGGAUAGAAAAGACACGGGGAAUAAGACGCAUUCAGCCGGCGGCGCUUCUUCUUCUUCUUUUUUUUUUUUUUUCUUCUUUUUUGGAUUCCGAGCGGCGGCCACACCGACGGGGCUUCUCCUCUCCUGGUCGAUGUGUUGCCGAGUUGAACAUCCAUAAAAACCGGGGCAUACCUUUCCGUCUGGGAGAGCCUCGGGGACCCCUGCCGCUGUUCAGCCGGGGGGGAGAGAGAGUUCCCAGACGGCUGUCGGACAGUUUUUUUUUCUUCUUCUUCUUUUCUUCUUUUACCAUUUGAAUAGCCCCAUGCAGCCAGUCUGAAUGAGGCUGUGGAGACGCGCAGAAGAAGAAGAAGAAGAAGAGGAAGAAGAAGAAGAGGGAGUAGAAGGAGAAGAGAGUCGCUGCAUGUGAUUUGUGUCCAAGAAGAAGAAGAAGAAGAAAGAAGGUCCGGCCAGCACACGGAUCUGUAAGCGAUAUGGUGAAACAAGUCCACAGAAGAGGGAGAACGGGACACUACUUGUAAAAUCGCCCACAUGCACUGGAUCACUUGCUGGAUUUGGGAACCGAAUACGCAGAAGGGGGGUUGGGGAUCCUUGGAGGCUGCCGGAGGAUGGAGCGGUGUAGCCGGGGUUGGUGAGAGCCUGACUUCGGGCCACUUUACAUUUCUUCUUCCCAAACAACGCGCCCCCGCUCCCCGGACACAUGCAGGCCAAAAAACGCUACCUGAUCCUGCUCUCCGCCGGUGCGUGCCUGGUGCUUCUCUUCUACCUCGGAGGGGUGCAACUUCCAGCGGCGAGCAGGAGCCGGCAUGACCGCAGCCGGAACGGGUACCGGCCCGACCAGCCCUGGCCCCACUUCUCGGACCCGUUACACCUCUUCCUGCCGUGGGACGAGACGGACACCGAGGAGUACAACCUGCACAUCUCUCCGAGGCAGAAGAGGGACGUCAACACGAGUGUUUACAAAGGCAAGCGGUGCCGCAUGGACUCCUGCUUCGACUUCUCCCUGUGCCACAGGAACGGAUUCAAAGUUUACGUGUACCCGCAGCAGAAGGGGGAGAAGAUCUCGGAGAGCUACCAGAAUAUUUUAUCGACCAUCGAGGGCUCCAGGUUUUACACCUCGGACCCCGGACAGGCAUGUCUGUUCGUCCUGAGCUUGGACACCCUGGACCGGGACCAGCUGUCCCCGCAGUACGUCCACAACCUGAAGACCAAGGUCCAGAACCUGCCCCUGUGGAACGACGGCAGGAACCACCUCAUAUUUAACUUGUACUCGGGGACGUGGCCGGACUACACGGAAGACCUGGGCUUCGACAUCGGCCAGGCCAUGUUGGCCAAAGCCAGCAUCAGCACCGAGAACUUCAGGCGCAACUUCGACGUGUCCAUCCCGCUGUUCUCCAAGGAGCACCCGCGGACCGGCGGGGAGAGGGGCUACCUCAAGUACAACUCCAUCCCGCCGUUCCGCAAGUACAUGCUGGUGUUCAAGGGGAAGCGCUACCUGACGGGUAUCGGCUCGGACACCAGGAAUGCCUUACACCACGUCCACAACGCGGAGGACGUGGUGCUGCUCACCACCUGCAAGCACGGCAAGGACUGGCAGAAGCACAAGGACGCGCGCUGUGACAAGGACAACGCGGAGUAUGACAAGUACGACUACAAGGAGAUGCUCCACAACUCCACCUUCUGUUUGGUGCCCCGCGGCAGGCGACUGGGCUCCUUUCGCUUCCUCGAGGCGCUGCAGGCUGCGUGUGUGCCGGUGAUGCUGAGUAACGGCUGGGAGCUGCCCUUCUCCGAGAUCAUCGACUGGAACACGGCGGCGGUCAUCGGCGACGAGAGGCUCCUGCUGCAGAUCCCGACCACCGUCCGCUCCAUCCACCAGGAUAAGAUCCUGUCCCUCAGACAGCAGACUCAGUUCCUGUGGGAGGCCUACUUCUCGUCUGUGGAAAAGAUAGUGCUGACCACACUGGAGAUCAUCCAGGACCGAGUGUUGGAGCACGGCUCCAGGAGCAGCCUGAUGUGGAACAGUCACCCCGGGGGACUCUUCGCCCUGCCACAGUACUCUGGAUACCUGGGAGACUUCCCCUUCUACUACGCUACACUGGGUAUUAAGCCGUACCCGAAGUUCACAGCGGUCAUCCACGCCGUCUCCCCUCUGGUGUCCCAGUCUCAGCCCAUACUGAAGCUCCUGUUGGCUGUGGCCAAGUCCCAGUACUGUGCACAGAUCAUCGUCCUGUGGAACUGCGACAAGCCUCUUCCUGCUAAACACCGCUGGCCCGCCACCUCCGUGCCCGUCAUCGUCAUCGAGGGGGAGAAUAAGGUGAUGAGCAGCCGUUUCCUGCCCUACGAGACCAUCGUGACCGACGCUGUCCUCAGCCUGGAUGAAGACACAGUGCUGUCCACCACAGAGGUGGAUUUUGCCUUCACCGUCUGGCAGAGUUUUCCAGAGCGAAUCGUGGGGUACCCGGCUCGCAGCCACUUCUGGGACAGCAACAAGGAGCGCUGGGGCUACACAUCCAAAUGGACCAACGAUUACUCGAUGGUGCUGACCGGGGCCGCCAUCUACCACAGGUACUACCACCACCUGUACACCAACUACUUACCCACGAGUCUGAAGAGCAUGGUGGACCAGCUGGCCAACUGCGAGGACAUCCUGAUGAACUUCCUGGUCUCUGCCGUCACCAAGCUGCCGCCCAUCAAGGUCACACAGAAGAAACAGUACAAGGAGACCAUGAUGGGACAGUCUUCGAGGGCUUCUCGCUGGGCCGAUCCGGACCACUUCGCCCAGCGGCAAACCUGCAUGAACAAGUUCGCCAGCUGGUUUGGCGCCAUGCCGCUGGUCCACUCCCAGAUGAGACUGGACCCCGUCCUCUUCAAGGACCAGGUCUCCAUCCUCCGCAAGAAAUACAGGGACAUCGAGAGGCUCUGACAGGACCGGCGCCCCCUCGGGGGAGACCCCACGCAGGGGGAGGCGCGUGAGAGAGACUCAGUGGAGAGCAGAAGGAGUAGUGGGCCUACAGCAGGAUGGACGGGGAGCGACACAGCUCUGUCUUCCACUCAGCACAUUGCCAAUGACCACAGCGCCACUGCUGCCAGGACUUGACGCGGAAAGGGAUGAAUAGGAAACAAGCAGAUGGCGUUUGGAUAGGAAAAAAAAAAAAAAAAAAACAUACAAACAGAAACCGCAAACACAGACAGGACAAAGAGGAGUACACAAACUGACGGACACGCCAAACAGUUCUGUAUGUUUUGCAAAUGUGCAAACACGCAGCACACACUACUGACGACGAGAACUCUUGGAUAGAAUAUUUUUUUGUACAACACGAACAAGGAGCGUCAUUGACUUUUCCUGCUCUCUCGGCACACGUGCAGGACGGUAGAAGAGGGAAGGUGUCCGCGAUCGCAAAAACAAAAAACAAAAAAAAAAACCUGGCAACCCCACCCACCGUUAUCCUACCGGCCCUCCCCAGUCUGCAUCAGGACACAACACUGGACUCACUACCAACUCCUGCUUUUACAGCCCAGGAAAACCCUGUUGUUUAGUUGAUUUGAUUUCUGUACAAAUCAGCACUCUGGUAUCACUGUUGACUCCUCUCUGAAAGGUUUGACAUCAGAGCGUCUUCAGUUUAAUAUUUCCCCGAAAAAAAAGGUUGUAAGAGCGGAGUCCAGCCGGUUAUUACAGCGGCCUGACAUGGUUUUUUAUAGCAAAGCAGCCAUUAUUAUCCUGAAAAAUUCUCCGUUAUCGACACACAUCCUUGAGCCUGAAAAAUCCCGCCUGCCCUAUCCUUGGCUCGUCCCUUGAUGUGCUGAUGCGGCUUUUAUAAUGGUCUAUCUGCUUCCCUGUUAUCACGGAGAUAAGUUAGAAAAACAUUGCGUUUCAUAUCCCAUUUUCCUCUCAUACUCUCCAAGCCAGUUGUACUUUCCUCAUCUUUUUUUCCACUUUCAUCAUCUUUUUAUUUCCCCCCUUCAAACACUCUGUACUUUCACAUCUGUGUGUGUGUGUUGUGUGUGUGCAGAGCCUUGAAAAGUUGGCUCAUCCAACCAUAAGCUCGAGCGGAGUACAUUUUCCCUCCGUUGGAAUGAGCGAAAUGAACAUUUCUGGAUGAAAUGGAGCAGAACGUUGCAUUCUAACCCAAACUCGUUUCGCCCAUUUAUUUCUCUCCCUGCGCGGCCUCGGAGCGGCAUCCUUACAGGGAGGAAUGGAAUAAGAUUUCAGACCGUAGCAGGUCUUUAGUGACCAGCGUCAUUUCACAGGAGUGCUUGUAGAGAGAUUUUUUAUUUUUUUUAACACUGAGCACAUCGGUGCCAUUCUGAACAUCAUCAGGGUCUGCCUUUUAAAAUUGUUUAUUGCACAUCACGUUGCCUACAUCCGUUUGAGAAGCCUAGACGCUCUCGUGUUGAAAUAUUCUCAUCGUGUGGCUCUGCCACCAUUUCUUUUGCCCCCCCUCACCCUCACCCUCACCCUCACCCUCACCCUCCCGUGACAUAUCAGAGGACCUCACAGCCAUUAAAUUGACAAAAGGUUUGCCGGGCAGAGAUGCGUUUGGGCUUCAAUUAGGUAUUUAUGUCAAGUGCUGUUUCACUCCCAUGGGGACACGCUGUUGAUGAAACACUCGAACAUUAUGGACAAUUUUGUUGUGAAAGCAGUGACCCACACGCAUGACCUGCUGGCUAAUGCUAGCCUCGGGAGGACAGCCUUUUCUUUUUUUCUUUUUUUUUUUUUUUUGCUCUCUCCCCCUCCAUGUCCGUUACCAUUACAGCUGCGCACAUCGCAUCACACCCAGCCUGACAUUUUUGCACCUUAAAUUACCUGAUUGGUAUUCGACAAACCAGAUCAAAACGCUACAGUAACUAGCUCUCUCACCCUAGAACGAUCAUUUCAAAGAGAAAACAGCUGUCUGGCGGCAGAGCUGCAAUCCACUCUCACAUAUUUUUUUUUUUGCUCGCCAACACUUGAAUGAAAGCUUUUAGUGGCCUUUCUGUCAGGCAGCAUAAUGUCUCAGCCAAAGCUUGUUCAGUGUGUGUUAAUCAGUAGCUGUCGUCGAUAUCAAUCACGCACGCAAUUACUGUUUUUACUUUGAGGGUUUUGUCAUUGAUUUCAUUUUGUUUCUAGCUUAUGUAAAAUGUAUUGUGAAGCCUUUACAGUGUCGACAAAUGUGUCACAUUCAAAUGCAACCACAGCAUAUCAUGUAUCAUAUCACAACCAGCAGGAGUAUCAUGUUUCUUUUUCCUCAUGUCAUUGUUUUGAAAUAUCAUGUUUGUAUUUACGUUCUGGGACUUUCUGUUUGCCAGGAGAGAUUUGUGAUUUCUACAGUACGUUACUCCUGACUCAGUUCUGCAUCUGGUCCCUAUUUCACAGUCAGAGAACCAUAUUGAGGCUGUUCGUUUUUGGGGUUUUUGCGUCCACUGUGAGUGAUCUGAUCAGAAGUGGACAUCUUUGAGCCCGUCAGUUCACACCUGGCAUUAAAUGCGUCUUGAGUGAUCACAACUCACUUCCCCGCUCUUUAUGCAAAUAUACACCUACACCUUCCUUCACUGGAAUAAACAAAUGUGUUUUCUCCACAAAGAAACAAUUAUCUUAAUGAAUAACGUUUGCCCAAUUAACAAGUAAGCCAAACUAGUUCCGAAUUUACUUCACAAAGUUGAUAAAGUUUCACAUAACACAACAGAUCUAAAAUUGAGCGUUUUUUAAAGGGAGUUUGGUUACUCUCUCCACGGACAACAAAGAAGUAUAAUUUAUGAGUUACUGUUUAUUGUAUUGUUAUUAUUAUUGUAAAUUCUGACACAUUUACCAUCAGUAUGUAUUUCAAUAAAGGCAUAGAUGGUGAAAUGAAGAAGGUAGGACACACUUGAGACAGAACACCAGCUGCUACAGCGGUGACACGACAAGCUGACAAGGAAAGAAGUAUCUUAAUGUGUUGUACUUAAUGCCAAAUUUACCAGCAGGCACCAAUGACUAAGCAUUUGUCUUUUUUUUUUUUUUUAAAGUUUCUCCUUAUGCAACAACUCUUAAAAUCACGUAAUUUCUAAGGGAGUCGGGGACACCGAGGUUCAUAGUUUAAUAGUUAGUCCAAACAGACGGUGCAAUCUGCUGCGAACACUGGCAGGAGUUAUCGGAUCUAAAAACACGUACUCUAUCUUCACAUGUAUGUAUCUUCACACCUGUGCUCAGAUUUUCCCACUUGUGAUCAGAUCACCCAGGACGGACGUCGGUACCAAAUGUGAACAAGCCUCAUUGUUUGAAUCCACACCAUGCCUUUUUUAAUGUCCGAUCAUUUGAACCACUGUUGUCGAUCAUCUCAGAAAGAAGCACCCCCCCCCCAGCUUUGCAGAUAUUUAACCCACCCUCCCGAAAAAACCCACCACCACCAUUCAUUUCAGAUCCCCACGACUCUCAGCACUGUACAUAGGCAUAUAUUUAUUUUUUGAAAACAAAGGAAAAAAAAGAAGACCGUGUACGAUUUGAGAUGACGUGGCGAGAACACGAGACUGAUCCCGCAUUGCUGAGGGGAGUUAAUGGUAUUUAUUCAGUUUAUUUUCUUCACGCUGUGCACAUUAAUCCACAAAGAUGCCAAUAAUGCAGCUCAUAUUAUGUUCCGCUCUGCAUUGGUUUUUCCAGGGACACGUACAUAUAUCACGCUCCGUCUCGUACACAACUCCCCAAGAGAGAUAUAACGUUCUCAGAGAGGCAGAGUUUUAAAAAAGAUUGCAUACGCCAGCGAUCGAGAAUUGGAUUGGGCCGCACCAUCUUGGCUCUCUGCGGGAGUCAAAUUGCAAAGUCCCAAUAAAGACUACGCCAACUGAAACACGGAAAAUAAUAAGCAGCUGGGUCCCCUGUAGCAGAUGGAAACAUUUUCAGAUUCUGCUGUUACAUCUUUCCCCCCACAUGCAUUACAAUAAUGGGUCUGAGGCUGCGACACAGUCAAGUUUAAAAUUGACGAUUUCAAAGCUCGAAUUCAGGUCAGAUAACUUGGCGACAGGAACCGCUCCGUCUUUCAGUUGGCGUGCCACACAGGGGCAUCGAGUCUUGGAGCUCGGUCGAGAGUGUGAUGGAUGUGAUUUAGGCCACUGGGAAAAACCUCUGCAAGAAAAAAACAAAAACCGCCUCUCUCUCAUUUGAUCAGGGGGAACGUUAUGCAAGGUACCAUUGAGUGUGCUUCGAAACAGAUGGAGGAAGGUUUAUUGAAAAUGUGCCGUUUGUUUAGGGUGGCGUGUGUGUGUGUAGACGUGCGUGUGUGUGUGUGUGCUGGCAACCAGUCUGUUCUUGAUUUGUGCCUUUUUUUAAAAUCAACAUGCGAGCUCUGGACACGCCGAGCACUGUCGUUCCCAGACUUUGUUGUUUCCAGUCAACGGGGCGGCGAUAGCAGCGCGAGCAGGGUCCUCAGCAGCCCUGCCUUCAUACACUGGAUGAGUCACAGCUUCCAUUCUGUUAUUACGACGCCCCGUUCUCAUCUUUUGUGUUCGGACACCGUUGCCAAGGCGACAACGUAUGACCACUUCCUGUUUUGGGAUUUUAUUUAUCAGCGAUUGGCUCUAUCACGUCACCAAUCGGCAGCGAUAAUCUGUUGAUCUGAAAGGACUCGGUCGAGCCCAGCUGUCCCGAUGCCUUCUCCUCCCUCCUACCUUGUAAUUAACAGAAGACUUUUAUAGAGGUCACAAAUGAAAUAGAUAAAUGCCAAUUUUGUAAGAAUGAUUUAUAAAAAAAAAAUAAACUCAUAUUUGAUGAUAA